GCGCGCGCAGGUGACGUCGCUGCGCGGGCGCCGCCGUUGGCGUGGCGGAGGGGCGGGCGGGCGCGGCUACUCCGAGCGCGGGGCGAGGUAGCCGUGGAAGCGGUUAGGGGACGGAAAUGGGAAUAUUGCGAGGGAAAAGGGAGCGGUUUUAAAACGACAGUGCAUUAGGUGGCCGAAAAGCUGCCCCAGAGCAGGAGACCCCUGGGCCCGACCCCCGUUAGGAAGGAGGGAGCCGCAGGAAGCCCCGGCCAUACGGUUGCAGUUCAGGGAGCUGCUGAGGGAAGCUGGGGUGGUCAGGAGAAAUGCGCGGGGCGGGCGGUACGAGCCGUGCGUCAGAGGAGAUGUCUGCGGUGGUCGUGGCGCGCUCGCGGCUCGGAGUGGCGGAACUGCCAGCAGCGCGAGGGACGUUCAGUGCGUGUUCGCAGUCUGUGCUCGGGAGGAGGCGAAACGGUGUGGUUCACUACAGCCCCCUAAUCUGUGUGCGAGAAAAACGCAGGAAAACUAUCCGCUGCUCAUUUUUAAUAAAUCUGGGAAUUUCAGGGAAAUUCCAGAAAACCAGAAGAAUGCUCCCGUUGUGCCAGUAAUCAGAGAGGUAAAACAAUCCGAGUGUCAAUGUGCUAAACUGGAUGGGGAGAUAGGCAAACUCUGGUAAUAUCUCCUUGCCUUUGUGAUGUGACAUUUGGCAAAGCCUUGCUUUGGAGCUUUUGGAAUGAGGAAGUAAACAGCUGCAUGCAAAGACAUAUGGAAUUAAGGGACAUCCUGAAAAGUGGAGGCACAGCUGUGGAUGCUGCUAUUGCUGCCUUGAUCUGCACCUCGGUGACGAAUCCUCAGAGCUCAGGCCUGGGUGGCGGGGUCGUAUUUACCAUCUAUAACGCCAGCACAGGAACAGUCGAGGUGAUCAAUGCCCGCGAGACAGUCCCACGAGAGUUUCUGCGCAAUUUGUUGACUGGCUGCACUGGUGUCCCUAUUGGGCCCCACUGGAUUGCUGUACCAGGAGAAAUUCGUGGCUAUGAAGCAGCCCACAAGCGAUAUGGCCGCUUACCAUGGAAAUCACUGUUUGAACCAACCAUCAAGCUCCUUUCAGAGCCACUUAUCAUUUCCCCAGUUAUGGACGGAAUUAUGAGUCACCCAAACUUCUCCAGACCAGGACGAAGCCUCUGCCCGUUGAUAUGUGAAGGUCAAAGGUUUCUGAAGCAUGGAGAGACCUUCAGGUGGCCAGCAUUGCAGCGAACGCUGAGAGCUGUGGCAGAAAACGGAGCUUCAGCAUUUUAUGAGGGGCCGAUAGGAAAGGCCCUGGUGGAGGACAUGAGGAAGGCUGGGUCCAGUAUCUCACUGGAGGACCUUAAGGCAUACAAAGCAGAGGUGUCCUCAGCUCUGAACAUUACCCUGAACAAUUACACCACAGUGUUUUCUCCUGGACCGCCCAUGGGAGGUGCUGCGCUCCUGUUCAUCCUCAAGAUACUUGAAGAGUAUAAGCUCCACAAAGAGUCACUGGCAACACCGGAGGAGAAGGUGGAAAACUACCAUCUUAUUGCAGAGGCCCUGAAGUUUGGCAAUAUGCAAAAACCCCAUAUGAGUGACCCAGCAUUCUCUGAUGCCCAGGUGACUGCUGGGAUCCUGCUGUCUGAUAAAGUUGCUAAGUUUGUCAGAAGCCAAAUAGAUGACAGCGGUGACCAUCCACUCAACCAUUACCAGGUGCUGGAGUCCACCUCUAGCCACAGAUACAAAACUAAGGGCACCACCCACAUCUCUGUGCUCGCUGCAGAUGGCAGUGCCGUGUCCGCCACCAGCACCAUCAACUACCCGUUCGGCUCCUUUGUAUAUUCUAACCAAACUGGGAUCAUUUUAAAUAAUGAACUUGCUGAUUUCUGCAUAGCAAACAGAAGUAUUAAGCCAGGAGAGAGGCCUCCCUCGUCCAUGGUGCCUUCCAUUCUCGUAUCCAAAACAGGAGAUAUGCUGGUGAUCGGAGGAGCCGGUGGGUCCUGGAUUAUCAGUGCUACUGCUAUGGCUAUUAUAAACAAGCUAUGGCUUGGCUAUGACCUGGAACAUGCCAUUGCGGCUCCCAUCAUGCAUACUGAAGGUGACAAAAUCCUGUUUGAGACAAACUUCAGUGAGGAGGUUAGGAGCGGCCUGCUGAGAAGAGGACAUAAAGAAAAUAAAUUUAUGUUUGCACUGAAUGUUGUGCAGGGAAUUUCCAAGGAAGGAAAAUGCAUCUCUGCUUACUCUGAUAUAAGGAAGCUGGGGAAAUCAGCUGGAUAUUAGCAUCAGAUGCCAUCACAACUCCUUUAUUCUAACCAAAAACCACAGGAGAUAACUAAAUUCAGAACAUGCUUUGGCUUGGGCCUGCCAACAUCAGCUGUUCCCAUCAGGAUGCCUCCCAGAGUAUGGACAAAACCGUUGGUUACACCUAACUCCAACAGACUGCAAGUACCCUCAGGCAAUACAAGGACAGGUCCGCCAGCCUUGAUUAGAGCUACAUCUUCCAUUACAUAGUCAAUAUUUGGAAAAACAUAUUUCUUGAGCCGACCAGCUAUUCAAAAUAGGAAUAUACAAGGUGGGAAAGGAAAAUUGGUCCAAAACCCACUGGGAACACUGUGAAAUGACCUAGCUGUAUCUUCCGUUUGUGCUGGAGAGCCUCAGUUAGGACUAUAAUUAGUUUCUUUCAGGCUAUUGCUAUGAUAAAAGGUUAUUGCUGGGGCUCAGAGAUGUGAAGUAACUGAGCUCUCUUGCUUAGGUAAGUGUUUUGGUGUUAGGAUUGCAAGAAGUGGCUGUAGGCUCAAGAUUUUAAAAUCACACGUGAACUAACUUCUGGGGUUACAGGGUGGGCUUGGAAAGGGAAAGGAAUAAAACUCCAAACUCCCCAUCUUGAUUUUCCCAUCCAGAGAAGCCCUACCUGUCCCAGAGGUGACAGAUAAAAUCAGCACCAUAGCACAAGCCUGCUGCCCUGUGUACUCUCUGCCUUGGGGACACAGAGGGCCCCAGGAGCCCAGAAUAUCUGUGCUGAAGCUUCCUUCAACUCCGCACACUGGUGACCUUGAGAGUGAGCCUCCCAUGGAGCAAUGUGAAUUCCCUGCUCCCAGGAGGGACAGGCCUCAGUUCAGCUCCCUCAGGGCAUUUCUCCCUGUGGCAGAGGAGUCCCACCCUGUGGUGUGGGCCAGUUCUCCCUCCUCUUCCUCCCCUUCUGCUUGCAAAACACAAGUAGUUUGGGAAGGCAGAUGAGGGCAGCUUUGGAAGAGAUGUUCUUGAAAGCUUUGCAACUUUCUGCAAAAUACAAAGGAUGCAUGAUCAGAUGCCUUGAUUUGUCACCAUAUGCUCAGCCUAAUCAGGCAAAUACUACUAGGACUGCUGAGAAGUGAUGCAGCGCUAUUAGACAUUUGCAGAAUACUUUUUUUUUUCCAUCGCCUACCUGCCUGUUUACCAAAAUUGGCGUCUAACAAUCACUACAGAUUAUGAGGAGAAAAUUGUAGGGCUAUUUAAGAACCAUCACUAACAGAAGAAAGUCGUGUAGGAGAGACCUGAACCCAGUCACCUUGAUGCAAGAGGCCUGUCACAGUUCCUCCUUUACCUUGCCCUGCUUACAAUGGCUAAGGGAAUUAGAUGUGUAAAAAGACAUGUUUACCAAAUAUUUAGCAAAGCACUUCUCAAAUACCCAGGGGCAAGUUGCAACAGUGCCCAACAACGCUCCUCAUUUCCAAAAAUCUUGUAAACUGCACUUGCUAUGGGCACACAGUAGUGCACGUGUGUUUCUGAAGGCACAGCAAAGCCAGAGCAAGGCACUAGCCAAUCCCUCCUCUUCCCCAAACAUCUUACUUCUCACCUCACAUCCAGCUGUUGGUAUUCCCACCCCACUUUUAGAGAGAUUCCUAGUAAAGAAACAAAUGAACUGUCUCUGUAAAUACUGUGACAAGUGUCUGAGCACACAUUAUUAAAAACACAAAACAAAACUGGGUUUACUCAUCCACAUAUGCUGCUGUGAACAAAGCCAGAUAGGUUAUAAGUCUAUGUUCAUACCCAUAAAGUCUGUCCAAUUAAGCCAUCAACUUGCUGGAGUCUCAGCUUUCAAUGGCAUUUUAAUGAUAUUCAGAGUAAAGCUGACGAGAGCCAGACAUGUGUUUUCCUUCAGAAACUGUACACUAAGGACUGUGGUUCAGGGCAUGAGCAAAGCUGCCUCAGAGCUGAUAGAAAAGUAUUCCUCAGUUGCCAAAGUUGCCAGAUCAUGCCCACAAGCACUUACUCAUGCACCUGGAAGACUGGUUACCUAUGUUUAGAGCUACCUACGUGCACCCCGCCCUCCAAAUGGAAUGCCUGUUAAAUUCCCUAAUUCAGGAAAGACUUAAAGCUUCUUGAAUACUUAAAGUUUCUUGAACAGAGCUGUUUACUCAAGCCAUAGCAGUGGCAAAACACCCUGUUAGACAGCAUUAGAGCAUUGAUCAAAUUCACAUUUCAGCAUAGAGAAAGGGAAUGGGCCUAGAGCUUGAAACUGGGUGGUGGUUUUGUUUAAUGUGUGUGUGUGUGUGUGUGUGUGUGUGUGUGUGUAAGUUUAAAAGAAUUUUUUUUGAUAGCCAUAGUUGAUCUACAUAAUUUGUUGAAACCAAAAGUUUUCUACUUUUAGUAAUGACUUCCUUACUUCAGCUACCAUGUCUUAGGUGCAUUGGUUCUAGUGUCAGAAAUACCACCUCAACUGCAGUGACAUUGCAGGGGAAGCACUUAUGGGUACCAGACACCAUCUGCAGCUCACAUUUCAGGACCAGACGGACUAACUAGACUGGUUGUCGGCUUUAGCAAGAUCUGUAGUUACUUCUAGCUAGACCAACUGUGCUUAGAGCUUACGGAAAGCAGCCAAGACUGUCUAGAAGCAGGGAGAGUAGUUCUUGCUUCCCUUUUAGGCUUCAGGGCAGCCUUCAGCAGUGCCCUGGGCCAUACGCUCCAUCAGGUCUUACCAGUAAAAGGGCCAUGACACAAAGUAACGUUAUCUGCAGUCCAGCACUGUACUGUGAUUUAACUGCUUUGCUACUGACAUUGAAACUGAGCCCACUGCGUAGUUUUAAAACCUGUUACAGGUUUUAUUUGCAAAAUAGAAAGGAAUGAGAGUGCAGAUCUCUCACAGCUGUAGAGACUCCCAAUCCUGGAUUCCUUACAGGCAAAACAUUGGUGAAGUUGAGUGACUGCACCUCCUUUCGCACCUCUGCUCUUGUGCUUGCCACCUCCUCACUGCUGCUGAAACUUGCUUGGGUCAAGAGUGCCCCAGGCUGGUCGCUUUCCAUUCCUGCUGAUGCCAACAGGAAACCCUUAUUUUUGUACUUAGUCAACUUACAAGGACUUUUAAAGCACCAUUGUACAGAGGCUACUCUAUUUUCUGAUGAAGUCUUUAAAUUAUAUUUUUAAUAAAGUGUUUUUAAACCUA